CUUCACAUAUGCACCUCACUGAAAAACCAACCGAAGAAUUUUAAGAAAUCAAUGAUGAUGCUUUCAGAGAGCUGUUGUCAGAUAUUUCAAAAUGGUAUGAUCAACGUAAAUACACAAAUAUGCUGAAAGUAUUGUACAGAGAACUUUUGAAAAACAAUUAUGAGUUGAAUAAGGCUACAAAGGUGAUGGAAUUAAUGGAUAUGUUAACUGCUUCUGGACAUCUUCAAUCAGCUAAUCUCAAUGUUCUCUAUGAUACCAUAAACAUAACAGAGCAAAGAGGGAUCAAAGAUAUACUGCCAGUAUUUCAAAAUGUUGAAGAUGUAGAAAUCUCAAAAUUCACACAUCACAGACGAAAAAUUAUGAAGCUUGGAAUGGUACUGAUUGAUGAAGAUGUAAAUAAGAUAAGUGCAUUAUAUAACAAACCAGUAAAGGAAUAUGCAGACACAUGGAGUUUGAUUAUGGAUCUGGAGCGCAACAGGGUAAUUUGUGAAGGAAAAAUGGAAGCCUUCAUUAAAAAACUGAAUACCCUUCAACUCCAACAUGCUGUGGAAGCUUUAACAGAAGAAAUCCCAAAUGCAUCUUCAAACUCUGAACAUGGCCAUGGUGAAGUAAUUGCUGUAAAGGUAAGGCGCAAAAGAGAAUCUUCUGAUUCUGAAGGUCAACCACAUCCAAAGUAUGCUCUUAGUUUGUUAACCGAACUUGAUGAAAAUAAAGGCAAUCUGACUUUAGAGGAUAAGGCAGAAUUUUUUGACAAAUUUGAGAAACUUAUCAACUAUUAUAAAAAACAUGGUUUAAAGCUGAAGAAGGUUGGAAAAGGAUCAAUAGUAUUUUAUGUAUCAACAAAUGAUCCCAAUGCUUUGAUGAGUCUAUGGGAAAUACAUUCUAGUGGAAAGCUUCUCAAAGAUUUAGCUAAAUUAUUAGUCCCAGAGGAACAUCAGCAAGAGUUCAUAGAUGAAUGGAUGACGUACAUCGAUGAAAAUGAAUACAAAGUGUUGCUCAGUAAGCUGAAAGAAAAAGAACAUAGGAAACACAAACCAAUUAGACGUACAGAUGCAUUCCAAGCAUUUAAAGAAACAUCAGCUGCCUUGGAAAAAUCUGCCCAAAACUUCAUACAGAAAGUACAAGAUGGUAUCAAAGCUGUUAAGCAGAAUGCUACAAAAUUAAAACAAAAUAAAGACAAGUGUUACAGAGAUAUAGAAAAUCAAAUGCAAGAAAUGUAUCAAAAAGUUAAGGAGAAUGGAGACAAAAUGAAAAAUGAAGUAGAGACAAUCUACAAAAGAAAAAACAAAGUAAAUGAUGUACAAAUAGAUGAUUUGAAAACAACAAUAUCUGAUACAAAUACAAAAUUGAGUUUACUUAAUCAAUUAUUGGAGGGUGACGAAGGCACAGCAUUGCAGUCAAGUGAAACAGUACUUACAGCACUGAAGGACAGAAUAAAUGAAUUGCCAAAAACAGAGCCAAUUGAUAAUGGAGAGAUUCACUUUUUCAUAAAUGAACAGCACAUAACAUCAGUGAAACAAGGUGAUAUUGGGACAGUAACACAAAUGAGGGCAGCAGACUGUUUAACAUUAAAAGAAGAAGAAUCUGUGUUCCAAGGUCAGACAAUUGUUGUCAAAAUAAUAAAAACAGAAGAUCUUGAAAUUUAUGCAAAUCAACUAAAGGCAACAUGGACACAACCCACAGGUGAAACAAAUAUCUCCCAAAUUCAAGAACAUGUUAAUGGAGAUUACUUUGUGACAAGAAAAUGCACAAUUCCAGGAGUUUGUAAACUAGAUGGAUGUGAGUGCUGAUGAUGAACCAAUUAAGCAAUCACCAAUGAUAAUCAAAGUAGAAGAGGGAAGAUUAUUAAAUACUAUUCAUACAAACGCAACAUUUAUUAGCGAUGUAGUUAAGUGUGAAGAUGACUCCUUACUGGUUUCAUGUUUGACAAAUGAAAUGCUGAAGUACAAGCAAUCAGGAGAAUAUACUGAUAUAUAUUGGUAAGGUUACACUACCACAAGGUGUGAGAGUUCACAGAAUGUACAAAAUGAGGAAUGGUAACAUAGCAUUCAGUGAUUUGAAUAUUUUAGGCAUUAGAAUAUGCAAUAUGAAUGGUCAGGUGAUUAAAACAAUUGGUAAGGGAGUAUUGAAUACACCAUGGUGUAUUCAUGUGGAUGAGACAUCAAAUGUUUUGUAUGUAGCAGGUGGGUACAAUAACUGUGUGUACAUGCUUGACAUGAAUAAUGGGCAGACCAUCAAAACAAUAAGGUCAAGAGGUACAAAAGAAGGUCAAAUGAGUUAUGUCACUGAUGUUACUCUUACAAACCAAGGACGCCUUCUUGUAUUGGAGAGUGAAUGUUUAGGUACUGGAACAAGUAGAUUACAAUUAUUUAAUAAUGAGGGAAGGUUUAUAAAAGUCCUUGUUGAAGCAGGUGAUGAGGAUGGUAAAGUAAAUUAUCCAAGAGCAGUAGUAGUUGAUGAGGAUGACAACAUCAUUAUAUCAAGUCAAAGCAAACUACAGCUAUUCAGUAACUUUUGAUGGAAAUUUUAUUAAAAGAAUUGAUAAACCACAAGAUGGAAUCAACUAUCAAAAUGGAUUAUCUAUCAUUUCAUAUCAUCCAAGGAGACUUGCAGUAACAAAUUGUGUAGCAGCAUCCUGAGCGAAAGCAACUGAAGAUUUUAGGUCAUUAUUAUCCUGUUCCAGCUUGUUUAAUCUCGAUUCAACUCGUUGAAGGCGUGUCAUUAUUGACGAGUGGUUUUGUAAGACUGUGUCGAGCUUGCAGUCAAGCCGCUUAUUCAUUGUUUGAAUCUCGCGCUAGCGGUCUUGUGACGUAUCGUCAGGUGACGUUCCCGUUUCAGCAGCGGAUUCACAUUCCGCUGGGUUAGGCCUUCCCUAAGGCUCAGGUCUGUCUGAAGUUUUUUGCUUUCUUUUAGGAGGCAUCAGUGCAUUUAGUUAACAAUUUUGAUCGUACUAUAGAUAUGGUGAAAAAGUACUUGUAAAAUAUUGUAUACACUAUGUGUAGCUAAAUAAAUACUAUAUUACCGUAUUUUUGAGAAAUAUUAUCAGAGCUUAUAUUUUGUUUGUCUCUAUUCCACGGACAUGCGUAGUCUAGUUUGGCAAAAAUGCAUGGACUCUGCUGCCAUUGUUUGAUACAGUAUGCUGAGGAGGAAUUCAAAAACUUUACUAUGGUUGAAAAAGAACCAUGAAGACAGACAGAAAUAUUAAUAAUAACUUUUACACAGAAUAAUAUCAGUGUGCUUUAAAUUUUACACAGAUUAAUAUUAGAGUGCAUUAAAUUUUACAGAUUAAUAUCAAAGUACUUUAAUUUCACACAGAUUAAUACUAUUAUGAUAUACUAAAGUAAAAAUAGUAAUACCCCGGACCUAAACAUGUUUUUAAAAAUGUUAAUUUUAAUCUUUAUAAUGUGAUUUUGCCAAAUAAUCUACUCUUAACUUGUGGGACAGGGAGAGUCUUUAAGGGGAGGGGGCUGGGGUAGCUCAGCAGGCUCUUUUUAACCUUCAGCCUUUUUUUUUUUGCCUUCAUUCAUAUUGUUAACCUGCAAUUUUAUUGUAUAUUUCAUCAUGUAUACUUUGACAAUAAAUCACCUGAAUCUA